GCUGCUUGUCACCACUGCUUCCACAUGAAACACAACAUGUUCCGUGCUGUCAUUGUUCUCGCGCUGAUCUACACCUGUCAGGUGUUAGUUGCUGGAGAUCGACAGAAAAGAGAAACAAAAACCUGUAACUCAUGCAAAGUAGCUUUCAUAGCUGAGAGGACCAACUCUGUGUCCGUGGCGGAGAGAUGCAGGACACUUAAAAACUACGUUUCCUGUCUGACCUACACGACUAAAUUGUCCACCGGCUGCCCCCUCAGCAACGUCGACAUCAACAACAUCUACGACUACCGUAACGCUAUGCCGUACCAGUCCUGCUAUGCCUACGAUACGUGCCAGUGUCAGAUUGAGAGAUGGACCGACUCCAGCUCGAAUGAUCAAAAGAAGUAUAUGAAGUACUUGGGUUGUCUGUAUAACUCUGUGCAGGCGGGAUGUGACGGUUCAACAACAGCGUCUAUCAUAUCAACCGCGCAGUUGGAGAGGUCAGAUUAUAUCACCCCCAGGAAUGAGUGCGACUCGACUUUCCAAAACUACAACUCCUGGAAUCCUACCUAUAACUGCGAGUCCUUCCAGAGGUAUAUGAAGUGCCUGGGCUACUCCGCAACUGAUAGUCAAGGUAUUCCAUUCAACCAGACCCUGCAGUCAUCCCUAGACGCCAUCGACAGCUGCGAAAUCUCUAUGACAGACACAUGCACGUGCCAGACACAAUUCAUCAUGCCAGCAAACAGCUCCGAUACCUGCAGAGUUGUAAAGGACUACGUCUCCUGUCUGGACAAAAGCUUCAUGAAGGGUUGCGACAGACAAUACCUAGAUGACGUCAAGAAAACAGCUCAGAUACUUCAGCUCCAGUACUGUUCGAGCGACCCCAUCAACGACUGUAACGGUACAGCGUCGUGUUACAUUGAUUCGUCCAGAAUAUCCAACGACAACGAAACAGUGAAGAUAUAUUCUUGCAGCUCUAUGAAGACUUACAUGGAGUGUAUCAAGAGCCAUGCACCCACCUGCCAGGCCGCACUCAGCACAGCCACGGCGCUCAACUCCACGUUCAAGAACUGGAACUGUCCAUACAUCUUGUCUCAGGCCAGCACAACGCCGUAUCCAACGAGCAGCUAUUACUAUCCGACUAGCAGCUAUUACUAUCCGACUAGCAGCUAUUACUAUCCGACAAGCAGCUAUUACUAUCCAACUAGCAGCUAUUACUAUCCAACUAGCAGCUCUCAAUCCGGCAGCUAUGGGCCAUCAACGACCCCCUACCCAGGAACUGGUCACGGCUCCAAGGCGGUGGACACAACGCUCCUGUCGGCGUACAUCCUGUCGGCCAAGAUGGAGGCGGAGGAGACACUCCAUGCGGCCCAGGAGACGGUGGACGCCAUUACUGCCGCCCAGAAACUCAUCCAGGGAGCCUAGCAACCUUGACAUAACCACACUGCAACUAUUCUGUGGGCUGAAUAAACUCAUGCAGACCGA